GUCGGAGAUAGUAGUCAGCGCCGCCGCGGACGGGUCGCAGUGUGGGGGAGACGAUCAGGAACCAAACCUCGGGAGCGCUCUGUGUUCACGGUGCUGCUGAACUGCUUCGAGUGAAGCGUGCGGUCUGCAAUCGUCGAUUCGGAACAGCAGUGAUUUUACGGCCUGAUGACAGUGAUUCCAGUGAAGUAGAAACUGCCCGUGGGGUGGUCAGAGUGUGUUGGACUCACAACUAUUGCUACAGGCUUAUUGAACUGGCGUUGAAAGACGGUGGCUGCAGUAUCGAGUGCGGUGCCGGCCGGCGCUCACAGGACAACGGUCUGGUGUCGGCUCUCAGUGAUGGAGCGCUUUUGGCGGCUCCCGGCGGCCGCACUGCUGCUGGCUGGCCUGUUGGGCUGCACAGUGACCGGUCAGGUCACACUGCCAGCCGACAGUUACUCCUCGGCGGCAUGGAGCGGCUCAUCGUCCGGUCAGCUAACAAACCAAACUCAGCGGGCGCCUCAGCACCAAACAUCGGCAGCGCUGGACCGUUUUACACGGCUCCAGAAUUCAUCCUCCGCCGGGACGCUGCACCACGGCGGUCGUGUGUUCCGUCUGCCGGGAGGUGGGAACUGGAGCUCACUGCUGCUGGACCCAGCCCACUCCCAGCUGCUUGCCGGCGGGCGGGACGCGCUGGUCCGUCUCUCAGCCGCCGAGCUGGCGCCGCUGGAGCUGACGCGCUGGCCGGCCGACCCGCUGGACCGCCGCCACUGCCGGCUCAAAGGACAGUCCGAGUCGCUCUGCGCCAAUUUCAUCACGGCACUGCACGUGAACGGUCAACGCGUGCUCGCCUGCGCCACCAACGCCUUCGCUCCAGUGUGCGCCUGGCGCCGGGUCGGAGCGCUCAGUCGGACCCAGCGCCCGUUCUCUGGGCUGGGUGCUGUGCCAUACUCGCCUCUCCAUCCAUCUGCGUCACUGCUGACUGCGGCUGGAGACCUGAUAGCGGCCACGCCGGCGGACUUUGGCGGCGCGGAUGUGGCCGUCUGGGGCACGCUGACGGGGGCGGGUACAGCUACCGUGCGCAGCGCUCCGCACGAUGCCGAGUGGAUGGCGGCUCCCCGACCGGUCGCUGUACUGGCUAAUGGCGAAGAAGUGUAUGUUGUGAUGAACGAGGCGGGCCGCGGCUGCAAUGAAGGCCGCUCUGUAGUCUCCGUGGUCCGGGUGUGUGCCGCCGACGUGCACCAGCCCGCCCGCGGCCGACUCUGGAGAGCUUUUCGUUCCGUGACGCUCGAGUGUCGUCUCGAAGGAGAGACCGGAAGCCCGGCGCUGCGUACCGCGACCGCUGCUGAGCUGAGGGAUGGAGCGCUGUAUGUAGCGAUGUCGGCAGCGCAGUUGGCUGGAUCUGCCGUCUGUUGGUAUAAUCUAACCGACGUGGACGCUGCGCUGGAUGGAAGAUUUCUCACUCCGGCGGGCCUCGACGAACAAGAAGCCGCAGGAAGUCAGUGCUCAAACCCAACAUCACCAGUCGAGCCGCUCCACCGUAUGACGGGGUCGGUUCGGCCGUCCCGGCCGCCGCUGGCACUGACUACCAAGUACCGCUGGAAACUGGCGGCCGUGCGCACUGUUCGGGUCGGCACAGAGACUGCUACUCUGCUCUUCACCGUGUCGGAGGAGGGACACUUGCGCAAAACGCGGCUGGUGGCCGACGGCGGCUGCACACUGGACGAGUAUGAUAUUUUCGAGGUGCUGGAGAUUAACCGUAGCACCGUUCGCAGUCUGGCGGUUGAUGACGCCGCUCGAGCAGUCUUCAUCGGUACCGACUCCGAGGUGGUUCGUCUGCCGGCCGCCAGGUGUCACCGCUGGCUCUCGGAGGAGGCCUGCCUGGCCGGCGGUGACCCGCACUGCGGCUGGGACGGCCGGCUGUGCGUACCUCCUCCUGCCGGUGACGGCGGCGGCAGGGGAGACACCGGCGUGUGGGGCCAGUCGGUGAGCUCUGGCUGCGGUCGGGCGGCGCCGCCCCUGUCCGGCUGGAGCUCCUGGUCGCCGUGGGAGGUGUGUGGGCGACACGACGCCGUGCCGCUGGCCUGUCGCUGCCGGCGCCGGGUGUGCCGCGGCGGCUCGUGUCCCGGGGACGCCGCCCAGGUGGCCGGGUGCGCGGUGGCCGGCGGCUGGUCCCAGUGGACGCCCUGGUCCGCCUGCUCGUCCUCCUGCGGCCUGGCGGUGCGCUCCCGACGCCGGGUGUGUGCCGAUCCGGCGCCGUCGGGCGGCGGGCCCGACUGCCGCGGCCCGGCCACCCAGCAGCAGCUCUGCUCGCUGCAGGAGUGUGUGCCGCGCCCGGCCGGGCCCGUGGACGGCGGUUGGUCGGCGUGGAGUGAGUGGAGCGAGUGUUCAGCCAGCUGCGGGGUGCCCAGCCUGCGCAGCCGUCAGAGGCGCUGCGACUCACCCUUACCGGCACGCGGCGGCGCACCCUGCCCUGGCUGUGACCGUGAGGUGGAGCCGUGUCCGGACGCACCUUGUCCUGAGCUGCAGUUGGACUCGACCUGGACAGAGUGGGUCAGUCUGCCGGUGUCGGAGGCCGUCUCUGAGCCCGCCGUCCGGGUUCUCAGCGGCCGCGGCGUGGAGAUGGUCCUGCGCCGGUUCCGCUACAGCUGCUGGGCGGCCGUGGCCCGCAGAGGACUGAUGACCCACGAGGUAAACACGAGGGGGCGGGUGUGCGCGUCGAACGGCACCUGCCGCCUGCUGGACGGCCGUCCCGGCGCCGGCUGGGACGUCUGGGGCCCGUGGUCGCCCUGCUCGCUGCCCUGUUCUGGCGGCGUGACGCACCGCUCACGGGGAUGUUUCGGGAGCGGUCGUGAUUGCGCCGGCGCCAGUCGAGAGGAGAAGGAGUGUAACGUUCACCGGUGCUCGGCCGGCUGGAGCUGCUGGACCGACUGGGGCGACUGUUCUCUCCGGUGCGGCCGCGGGGAGCGCCGCCGCCGCCGCCGCUGUGCCGACAGUCUGGGCCGGCCGGCCGUCGACUGCGGGGACGGCGCCGAGGUGCAGGUGGGCAGCUGUGGGGACGCCUCCUGCGCCGGCUGGCAGCAGUGGAGCUCCUGGACGCCUUGUGAGGACGGGCUGCAGUGGCGGCGCCGGGAGUGUCCCGCCUCCAACUGCACCGGCCCGGCGGCCCAGCGGCGGCUCUGCUGGCCGCCGCCGCCCCCGCCGCCGCCGGCCAGCUGGGCGAGCGCCGGCCUGCCGUUCGUGGCCGCCGCCGUGGGCUCGUUCUGCGCCGGCGCCGUGAUGGCGAUCGUCCUCACCUGCCGCCUAGUGGGCCGCUCCGGCUCCGGACUGAGCUCCGGGCGCAGCUCCGGAACCGGAUCGGUGCCCUCCAGUCCGCACUACAUCUCCGGGACGGCCCCCGAGUUCUUCCCGUCAGUUCCGGGGCCGGCCCCGGUCCCGGCGCCGGCCGCCUGUCCUGUACUCUCCUCCGUCGAGCAGGCUGACCGGCUGAGCGGUGCCUGGAGUCUGGCGAUCGCUAUAGGGCGCCGGCCGCGCAGAGCGCGCGCAGCGCGGGCCAGGGCGAGAAAGGUGGCCAGGGAGGCGCGCGGGGUGGCUACCCUGGCCAAGGGUCUGUCCACUAUCACGGAGGAGAGACCGGAACUGGUCGUCGAGUGAUGGGAACGAACCGGGCAGAGGAUGGGACCGGACGGAGGCGGGAAUUUAGAACUGAGCCGUGGUGAAUAGACAGCAUCGCGUAGCAUUGAGAUGAAACAGUCACCACUUUUUAUGAUGUGUUUAGAAAAUGAUCUGUUCAUGACUGGUAGACGAUAGUGAUGUGAUUCUGAGAUCAGUGAUUUGGUGUCCAUUGUCCAUGUAAAUUGUAAAUAUCAUGAUCAUUCUUUGUGAUAUGCAAACUAUGCUAGUGCUACAUAACUUUAAAUUUAAGAGAUGUUUUGCAGAAUAUGCGUGACUGUUCCACAUUUCAAUGCCUUUUGGCGAAUUCCUACUUUCAUUUACGAAAAAAUAAUAAUAAUAACGCGUCAACAUUAAGCUCACCUACCAUAACAACUGACAUUGAAUUGAGCUGACCGGUGAGCGAAUGUGUGUCAUUGUCGAACUGGAACGAACGCGAACCCUGUAUGUAUAUUGUAUGUUGACUCACUUGCACUUUAUGACUUUGAAUGAAUUUGGAAAAUGAUAAACAUCACGUCGUUUGGAUUUAUGCUAGACGGUAACACCCGGCCUGCACCGCACUUUUUCUGUUACCCUUACAAGUUCUCCUCAAAAGCCAUCACUCCCCAGCGGCUCUCACUUAUCAUACUUGUUCAUAGAUGGCAGCACUAGUAAACGCCUGAAUGUAUGCUGUUCCGCACUACCGGUUAUUGGCUUACGUCUGACCACGCGCUUCAUAGGUUGUGCUUGAGUUUUUUACUCGACUUUCUC